AUGGCACAACUCAAUGCUUCAUCUCUUUACUCGCUAGACACUGAAUACAGUGCAGAUUCAGUAGAAUUCUGUCCUUUUGAGAAUUAUUCUCAAUUUUUAGCAUGUGGCACUUAUCAAUUGGCUGAUUCAGAAAUUAAACAUUCCGAGUAUGACCAAGAAGACAAUGAAAAUAAUGUAUCAUCUCAACCUAAAAGAAGAUUAGGAAGACUAUUAUUUUAUCAGAUCAUGAAUAAUGAAUCCUUUGUUGUGAUGAAAGAAACCCAACGAAUAGAGACUUCUGCGAUAUUGGAUAUGAAAUGGUCACACCAAUGUAUUUAUGAUCAAAUGAUUCUUGCAUUAGCAGAUUCAUCAGGAAAAAUUAGUCUAUAUGGGUUAAAUCAAGAUAAAUCACAACUAGAUCUUAUUAUUUUAUAUGCUGUAAAUGAUCAUAGCAAGUUAUGCCUUUCUCUUGAUUGGUCUGAUCGUCUAGGAUUAAGCAAUAAUAGAUCAAUUGUACUAUCUCAGAGUGAUGGAAAUAUAGUGGUUUUUUCUGUUGAUGGGCAAUUUGGAAUUCUUGAAAAAAAUCGAUGGUUGGCUCAUGAUUUUGAAGCAUGGAUAGCUGCAUUUAAUUAUCAUAACACAAAUAUAAUAUACUCUGGUGGUGACGAUUGUUGUUUGAAAGGAUGGGAUUUGCGAAUGGAUUUAUCAUCUUCACUAUUUACAAACAAAAGGCUUGUAGUCAUCAUCAAUUAUGAUGAACAUAUACUACUUUGGGAUACAAGAACAAUGAGGCAGCCAAUAUCAGAUUGUCAUGUAAAUGGAGGUGUUUGGAGAUUAAAAUGGCAUCCAAAAAAGAAUAAUCUUUUACUAAGUGCAUGUAUGCACAAUGGAUUUCAUGUAAUAAAUAUUAAUUGCACAACUGAUGAUUCAUAUUCUAUGCACAAUAUAACAAGUUUUAUGGAACAUAAAUCUUUAGCAUAUGGUGUUGACUGGUCAUAUUCUCAAAAUUUAGCAGCUAGUUGUUCUUUUUAUGACCAUAUGAUCCAUCUUUGGUAA